UCUUGUACUUACAUAGGAAGCUGACCUAGAAUUUAAGACCUAGAUUACAGAGUUGAACAAUUUUUUCCAACAGAAGUAAGCGAAGAUGAAAGAUUAACAGACGCUGAGCAGUUUCAAUGUGCAGCCUUCAAGGAACAUCUCAAGGGCAAAGUGACAGAGAGGUCAGAAACAUCAAUUCAGAAGUUCAGCUUCUGGCAUCCAGGAGCUCUGACAUCAGCCAAAGGUGCUCUCCCAAGGUCACAAGAGAAUUUUCUAUGCAACUCCUUUGCAAGUUUUUUGGAAUCACCAUACAUCCAAAGAGCUCAGCUGAACAGAUCCAGCUGAUCAUUUGGUCAUCCAAACACCACUGCUAACAUGUCACUCAGCAGCCUGUCCUUAAGUGGGAUUGAAGUGAUGCUGGAUCCACACUUGUAACCUUCGAAACAGUAUGUUAGGAAGAUGCCUAACACCAGCUUGACACAACAGACUCAUCCCUUUAAUGAAACACUCCUGGAUGCUUCCGAAAGACUCCGCUCCAUCCUGAUAGCACUGUACAGCAUUGACCUGGCUGGCGGCACUCUUGGGGUCAUCGUGAUGUCCCAUCACUUGUUUCGGAGGAGAUCACAAUCUGUGAUGACCAUUAUCAUCAUCAACCUCCUGGUGCUGCACACCCUCCUGCUACUCAGCAUCCCCUUCCGCCUCAGCUAUUACAUUUUACGCAAGUGGAAAUUUGGGACGUUUGCCUGCAAGCUAGCAAGUGCCAUGAUCUAUCUCCACAUGUACACCACCUUUGCUUUUUACAUUGCUAUCAUUAUAAUACGCCUCUUCCAACUAGAGUUUAAGAAGUGCUACACUACAACUUGGGUGACUGCUGUCUGGCUGGUGGGAGCAUUGGUGAUCUCACCUGUUUUUCUCUCUUAUUAUGGCACCUCUAAAACAUAUGAUUCCUCUGAAUGCUUUCAGUUCCACCAGGAGAUACAGGAGACACCCAUAGUGAUAGCAAACUAUUGCUUAGUUGGAAUUUUGCUUGUGAUUUGCACUGUGCUUACCACAAUCCAGUUAUCGGUGAUCUAUAGACUGGCUGUGAAAUAUUGGCCUGACAUCUACUCCCACGUUGAAUUCAGGGCUCAAGCAAAGAGUUUUUUCUUUAUCUUGGUAACAUUGGUGUGUUUUAUGCCUCAUCAUGUUUUCAGAAUAUAUUACAUCCAAAACUACCAUCUGGAUAAAGACCAUAAGCUAAUCCCAUACAAUGAAAUUUUUUUAGCUUUAACAACAAUGUGCUGCUUGGAUAUGUUGUGCUUCAUAGCAGGAAUGGCCCACUGAAUUGUGAACUACUAGGAAAUCCAGCUGAAGUGUGUCGAUACUGGCUCUUGGCAGAAAUAAGACUGUCAGGACUUCACUGAGAUAGGGAGACUGCUCAGUUUUCAGUAUGGCUAUAUAGGAUUGUAGUUUCUCUGGGUUUUGCGGUCUUAUAAGAUAUAUCCUUCUGAAGCUACUGGUUUUUAUCUUCUCUCUUGAAGGUAGACGCAUCAGUCUUACGCUGUCUAAGUGUCAUGUCCUGAAGCUCAUUAAGAUUUUCCUGAGCUGUCCCUCUCUCUCUAAUGAUUCUGGCACAAGUAUCCGACCCUUUCUCUUUUUUUCCUCAAAGUGUCUCAGUUACAACAACCCACUGUGGCCAAUAAAUGGUCUACUGUGAAAUUUUAACAAUUUCUUCUGACAUUUGUGGUACUGAUGAGAGAGAGAAGAAAGGUGUUUUCCUUUAUAGGAUCUGUAUGAGUGAUUUUGGAUAACAAGGCUGGAAACAGGUAUAAAUGAAAUAGUUUAGUAAAAGCCUUCUUUUCUUCACCUUUAAUAUAUAGAUCAAACUAUAUAUUAAAUGAAAUGAAAACAUGUAAAUCUCACUACUUCACCUUUACCUGCCUCAUUUCAAAAAAGCAACAAGCUCUGUGAAUUGUGGUAAUUAAACAUUUAGAGUGAAUGAGAGCUGAACAGGCCAUGAGUUUCAAAACUUCUGUUUUACGUGACUCUCCCACCAGGACUGGACCUACUGCUGUUAAUCCUUAGGCCCAUAGUAGCCUAAGAAAAAGAAGUUACUGUAAUCCCCUGCCCAUGAUAACUGGAGCUGGAUUCAGGACUGAGGGAUCUGAUCCUCUACUGAAGGAAUAGCUAGCUACCUUUUGUAAGAGAGAAAUAUUUUAUCAGCCGUCAAAGAAAAAGCUUUUGAUCAGAAAAUCUCUUUGAUGUCUGCUCGCUUUGAGUUGCCUUGUUGAUUUAUUGUCAGAUGCCAUAUUUUUCCCAUUUACAGAUGUAACAAAGCAAAACUACAAUAAACUAGCUGAACUCUGUUUAAUCAGUUCAGCAUAUGCUUAUGCAUGUGUAUACAAA